AUGUAUAAUAUUACAUUCAUAUGUGGAAUGCCAUAUAUGUUUACGAUGGUUGUGUGUGUGAAUAAAUUAUAUUCCUUUUUUGCAUAUGAAUUCGAUGAAAGACAUCAAAGAAAUUUGUAUGAAAUAGAAUAUUUAAUUAAAAAUAAAGAAUCAUAUUCCUUAGAAAAAAGUGAUUCCUCAAAAAUAGAUAAUUAUGAUGAGCCUAUUGAGAAUGUACCUUAUAUUGAUGAAGAUAUAGAAGAUAAUUAUGUAGAUGAAUUAAACGAAUUAAUUGAAAUAAAUGAAGAAGAUAUAUCUAGUGAAAUGAAUAAAAGUGAUCCAUUAAAUGAUUUGACAAAAUCAGAUGGAUUUAAUAAUAUAAGCGAAUCAUAUAAGAGGGAAGGUAGUGAAAGUAAAUAUGUUUCAAAUAUAUCAGAAAAGGAAAUGGCAUUUCAAGAUAAUUGUAGAAAAUCUUCCCAUAAUAAAAAGAAAGGAUAUUCUUUAGAAGAAGAAUUAGAAAAAUUAUAUAGAAUUGCAUUAAAUAAUAGUAAUUUAAGUAAUAAAAAUGAAAAAAAUAAAAAUAAUAAAAAUUUAAAUGAUACAAAUAUAAUUAAUAAUACAAACAUAUGUGUUGAUUACACAUAUUAUGAUAUAUUAAAUAUAAGUGAAAAUUCUAAAUUAGAAGAAAUUAAAAAAAAAUAUUAUGAAGUAGCUUCAAAAUAUCAUCCAGAAAAAAAUAUUGGAAAUGAUAAAUAUGUUAAAAAAUUUGAACUAAUAAAUAAAGCAUACCAAAUAUUAAGUAAUGAAGAAAUGAGAAGAAAAUAUAAUAGAGUUGGACCUUCUAAAAUGAAUAAUAAAAAUUUAAUAGAUCCGUUUGUAUUAUUUAUGUUAUCCUAUAUGUCAAUAAAUAUGAGUGAAUAUGUUGGUAAAUUAAAAAUAGAAUACCUUAUUGAAGAGUCAUUUGAGACGAAUUCAAACUUUUAUGAUCUAUUAUUAUCAAAUAAAAUUAUGAAUAACUAUUUAGAUGUAGAACAAAAAAUAAGAGAAGUUGAAUUAGCCUUAUUAUUAAGAGAUAGAUUAGAAAAAUAUUUAGAAUGUGAUGAAAAUUGUAUUGUACCAAUAGAAAAUAAUAUUAGAACAAUUCUUGAAUAUUCUUUUUCAUUUUCUAUAAUGAAUUAUAUAGGAUGGUUAUAUGAAUAUUUCUCUAGAAUAUAUAUGGGCUAUAAUAUAGAAUUAUCUUUAAUGAAUGAAAAUAAAGGAAUAAUGGAAAAUGUGUUUAGAAAUAUAGUUAAAAAGGAAAUAAAUAAAAAUUCAUUAAAUAAAAACAUUGUGAAUAUAACAAAAGUUUCAGAUGAUUCUAGGAUUAUAGAUCAAAAGGACUAUAAUAAUGAAGAUUUUAAGAAUUGCACUGUUUUAUUUAAUCAUAUUAUAUCAAAUAAUGAGAAUAAUAAAAAUUUAGACGAUAUGACAAGAAACAUACUUAUAUUAAUCAUAUUAGAUAUAAAAUUAAUAAUAAAAAAAGCUGUUGAAAGGGUUUUAUGCGAUAAAGGAGUAAGUGUAUCAACUAGGAAAAAACGAGCAAAAGGUUUGAUGAGUUUGGGGAAGGAAAUACAAAAUUGUACGAAAGAAAUAGAGGACAAGGGUCAUAAGAUUAUAAAUAAGAAUACAAAUAUUUUAGAUAGUAUAAUUGAGGAUAUAAAAAAAUAUAUGGAAAUAGAUAAAAUGAAUUUUUUAAAAGAAAAAGGGCGAAGAGAAAUAGAUAGGAUAUUUUGUUUUGUAGGAAAUAAUAUAUACCGUAAUAAAAUGAAACGUAAUAUAAAUGAAAAGUUGAAGCUAGUAAAAUUUUUAAAAUAUAUGAUUAAUUCAAAGGAAGAGUAA